AUGUCAGGACAUCACCGCAUCACCCUCGCCGCCAAUCCCCCCUACUUCGAUGGCGACAAGUCCAAGUACCUGGGCUUUGUGGACGCGUGCACCACUUACAUCGGUGCCUAUCGGUCGGAGUUCUCGCUGGACGAGACAAAAAUCCUCUUCGUCCUGUCCUACCUCCGCAAUGAGAGCGGCACAAGCUGCGCCGCCUCAAGAUGGGCGAUGAACUGGAAGCAGCACAAUUUCGAGGGCUUCCAAGGACUAAAGGCGGGAGUCACCGCAACAAGCUUCUUGGAGGAGCUUCAGAGGGCCUUUGGGGAUUCUAACGCAGAGCAAGUCGCUGCCGCCCGACUCAUGGCCCUUCGCCAGGGCAGACGGUCCUUUGCGGACUACAUCUCCGACUUCGAAAUGCUGGCUGCAGACGCAGGGUACAACGUGGUCACCUCCACCGACAGCAAGGGCGAGUACAAGAAGGGGGAACAGGACAAUAUCCUCAUCGAGUUCCUGGAGCGCGGACUCAGCAGCAAAAUUGCAAGCCGCCUCUACAACACCGGCGUUCCCCUGCCCAAGGCAUAUGGUGCCUUCAAGAAUUGGUGUGUCAACAUCGAGGCGAACGCUCUACGCGAUCAGCUGCGCAAAGCAUCGCAUGCGCAAUCCGCACCACGACCGCCUCCCCAAUUCCGCCAGCAGGCAGCCCCAACGACACCUGCACCCGCCCCGGCCCGACCCGCUGCCAACGAACCAGUUCCGAUGGAAAUCGAUCGCACCCACACCCGCGGCCGCAAUAUCAUCUGCUACAACUGUCAGCAGCCUGGGCACAUUGCACGGAACUGUCCGGAGCCAAGGAAGAAGCGCACGUUCUUCAAUCGGGCCACGAUGCUGGAAGAGAUCGAGAACGGGGACAAGGACAACGAGUUCCUCAAGGAGAUCGCUGAGAAACUGCGCGAGAAGGGUUUUUGA